GCAGCUCGUGGAGUUUGCAAGCUUGACGUUAGCUUGCGAAGAAACCGCACAGAUUACCGUAAUUGUUGACUCGGCUAGUUUUAAUCGCAUUCUCGAUGCAUAUUUGAGUCGAAAUCUAUUCGUUGUUUGCCUAGCGUGCGUGGAGAUUAUUGAGUAGUCAAUUAGGAAAACUAGCUACGUGUAAGAUUAGUGAAAAUGAAACCAUUUAAUUUUUGCUUCACGCUGCUGAUCGGCGCAGCGGUAUUGCUGUUAGUGGACGAGACAUCGGCGGGUCGAGAUUUUUACAAAAUUCUAGGUCUACGCAAAUCGGCCAGCAAAAACGAGGUCAAAAAAGCAUACAGAAAACUAGCAAAGGAGCUUCACCCGGACAAAAAUAAAGACGAUCCCGAUGCAGCGGAAAAGUUCCAAGAUUUGGGUGCCGCCUACGAGGUGCUGUCGGACGACGACAAACGCAAGUUGUACGAUCGGUGCGGCGAAGAGUGCGUGAAGAAGGAAGGCAUGAUGGACAACUCGGACCCGUUCGCUCAGUUUUUCGGUGACUUUGGAUUCGGCUUCGGCGGUCAAGAGCAGCGGGAAACGCCCCGCGGUGCGAACAUUGUGAUGGACUUGCACGUUACCCUGGAGGAGCUGUACAGUGGGAACUUUGUAGAAAUUACACGAAAUAAACCGGUCAUGAAGCCCGCUUCGGGAACGCGCAAAUGCAACUGCCGGCAGGAAAUGGUGACGCGAAACCUGGGCCCGGGACGGUUCCAAAUGAUGCAGCAAACGGUCUGCGAUGAGUGCCCGAACGUGAAGCUAGUAAACGAGGAGCGAACGAUCGAGAUCGAGAUCGAACCAGGCAUGGAAGAUGGGCAGGAGACGCGAUUCUCCGGUGAGGGCGAACCGCACAUGGACGGUGAUCCGGGUGAUCUGAUUCUGAAGAUCAAAACCGUUCCUCAUCCGCGCUUCGAGCGACGAGGUGAUGAUCUGUACACGAACAUCACGAUCAGCUUGCAGGAUGCGCUGGUAGGCUUCGAGUUGGACAUCGUACAUCUGGAUGGACACAAGGUGACGGUGACCCGUGAAAAGGUCACCUGGCCCGGUGCGCGGGUACGAAAGAACGGCGAAGGAAUGCCAAACUACGAAAACAACAACCUCCACGGUACGCUGUACAUUACGUUCGACGUCGAGUUCCCCAAAACGCAGUUGAGUGACACGGAGAAAGAAGACAUCAAAAAUCUACUAAACCAGCCCUCGAACAACCGCGUGUACAAUGGACUGCGAUACUCUUAACUGACCCGUCGGGCAUAAAACGGGAAUUUUGCAUCUACACGGCCUCCCUACGGUCGUAACGGGGCUCAACCAAUAGCUUGAUAAUGUAAACGCGAUUAUCUAGUAACCUAGGCUGACAACAAAUUUAGCGUAUGAACCAAGGGACGAAAGAUCCUUAAAGUCUUCUGCCCUGAUGGUAAUGUGGAACGUUAAUCGAUCUAAGUUAGACCAUUAUUCCCUUCCUCUUUUCCGCAUAGUUACGUCCAGAGAAUCCAACCGCAGGACCGUUUUCGUGUCCCGCAGAAUUGUAUUUAUUAUUUUCUGUUGUGCCUUCCUUUCCCAAAUUCCACCCUCCCUCUUGAUGGCUUGAUACGAUCAAUUUUCCUUUUGUAAGACGAUUUUGUAAAUAUGCGUUAGGUGAAAAAAAAAACACGAGAUCAAUAAAAAAUAUCCUUAAACGAGUUCGAAUGAA